UAUAUUUCGUCUUUCUUGAGUUUGGCGCCUAUAACCGGUCACCCUGUAUUUCUACUCAAUAUGGAACCACUUGUUUAUAGGGAAAUGCAUUUCAAUCAAAUUACAGAUAAUUAUGUAUCAUCAUAAAUUAUAAUAAUUUUAAAUCGGUUACUCACCCAUAUCCUUCCUAUAUAGUACAAUGUUUCAAAUCAUUGGCCUAUAUAAGUGCUUACUACACCCACAUCGGAAUUCAGAUAAUUAGUCAAGAAAUAUGUAUUUUCGAGAUUUGUAUGUGAUCUCAGUUCUGUGCUUCUUACCAUUUAUAAGAUGUCAAAAAGAAUUACACAUUGAUUCUCCUUUCACCUAUCAUGUUGAUGUGGCAGGAAUCAACGUCACCAUCAGAAUGAUGAACAGUACAUUAUUGGGAGUAGAGAAUGAAAGAAUAACAGAUUUUAGAUGGAGUGUUUCUGGAAACAAUACUUUCAUAGAUUACGAGAAUCAUAACCCAAGGCUCACGCAUAUUGCCAGCUAUACCGCAAUCGGAUAUAUCAGAGAACCUUCAUGCUCAGGUUCUGAUAGAGUUAUGAAGAUAAACGAAACGGGCAUAUCUACCAUCGUAUUCCUACACAUUGAUUCUCCUUUCACCUAUCAUGUUGAUGUGGCAGGAAUCAACGUCACCAUCAGAAUGAUGAACAGUACAUUAUUGGGAGUAGAGAAUGAAAGAAUAACAGAUUUUAGAUGGAGUGUUUCUGGAAACAAUACUUUCAUAGAUUACGAGAAUCAUAACCCAAGGCUCACGCAUAUUGCCAGCUAUACCGCAAUCGGAUAUAUCAGAGAACCUUCUUGCUCAGGUUCUGAUAGAGUUAUGAAGAUAAACGAAACGGGCAUAUCUACCAUCGUAUUCCUCAACCAGAUUUUCAGACACUACGUCAACUUGACUAGAAUAGAAAGAAAUGGGGUGGAAGUAUGGAAAGUAUUGAACACUGAAAUGUUGGGAAAUUACCAAACAGGUCACUUCGAUUUCCAAAACCUCCAAGGCGGAUCAGAUCGCAGAAGGGCGGACAUAUUGUUGAGGAUCAAUAAUUUAUAUCCACAAAUCAUCGAGAAUAUCCGCUCGCAAAUUGACGACCAACUUACUACCAUAUUAUUCGACCGUAAUACUAGAAGCAUCCUGGAUGGUGCACCAGCAGAUGAGUUGAUGAUCUGCCCAAAUCCACACCAUGGGAAUAUCUCAAGAAGAUUAUCAUCUGGCACAGAAAACUGAUUCGUAUUUUUUGUUUAUCAUAAUAAUAAUAAUGAUAACACUAAUAUUUAUAUUGUUUAGAAAUGAGAACAAAUAGAUACAGGGUGAGUCAUGAGGAACUGUACAUACUCCUACCACGAAUAGAGGCUCGUUAAGGAAAUACCUUAUGACCCUUAGAAAGUGUCUUUUCCUCUUCUUCAUUAAUAUAUAUAUAUAUAUAUAUA